UAGAAUUGUUUUAUCAUGAUGUCAAAUGUAAAAAUGGUUUCAAUUUGGCCCUAUCAGAGGAGCCAUGUGCCUGUUACGAUGAAAAUCUUCGCCAUCAGACAGCCAGUUGUGAAAAUGCAUUUGCACAGGGUAUUUUUAAAGAUGCUCUUGUAUACAUCCCAUUUGACUAUGAAACAACAACACAGUCUGACAAAGGUGAAUUCAGAUUAACUUAUCAAAGUAGUGGUAAUGUGAGUUUGAAACCAGGACCAAUGGAUUAUGCAGCUUGUGUAAGUAAUCAGUUUUCCAAGAUUGGUUCUGUUGCAACUCCAUGUUCCGGUGAUUUUUCCACCUGCACAGAAAAAUACGUCAUUGGAUUUUGGUUUUAUGUUUCUCACCAAGAAACCUCAAUAGAACAGAGUAAAGUGUUUCGAUUCGGUGAUAUAUCUAUGCAGGUAACAUAUUCAUCAAGCGAAGCAACCAUUGCUGCUCAGACUAACAUUCAAUGGAAUGGCGAAAUUUGCUUUUUUACAACAUUACCAUUAAACUCAUGGAUUUACGUAAACGUAGAACUAAGUUCUUCAAACGUAAGCAUAUUUCUAAAUAGUGUUCGUAUUGCUAACAGUGAAGGUUGCAGCUACCCAUCUGGAAGUAAAAAUGAUGUAAUGGUAUUAUCAAUUGGAUCAAACGUUUGUAUUGAUGAUUUUUCUAUUUUUUCUGUUCCCAAUUCAUAUGCUGAUGCAGAAGUUAUUUACAAUUGGUACUUGUUUGGAAGCACAACAGAUUACCGAAAGUAUGUACAGAUUAAACUCAUUAUUUUCUCCCAAGAUUUUUAUCAACCUGCUAAUUAUAACACUGAGGAAAAAGACUUUAUAUAUCAAUCUGUACAUCUUAUGUUAAAACAUUUCUUCAGUCAAUACUUCACUAAACCAACAAUCAGAUACAUUGGUUAUAAACCAGUUCAAUUGGUGAAAAUCAAUCCCACCAGAACCACCAAAGUUGGUUUACUGGUUUUGUUAUCAUACCUACCACAUAAUAUUGAAAAUGCAUUUUACACAAUACCAACUCAAAGUUUUGCACACGAUGGCAGAGAAUACUUAAUUAUGAGAGAUUAUGAUAAAGCUUCAACUAUUGGAGUGCUACCAACACCAUUGAAAUUUACAGCUACACCACUGAACUCAUCUACUGUUACGCUUAAGAUAAAUAACCAUGUUGAAGACGAAAGAUAUCAUGUUGGUUUUUUAGUAAAUAUUACCAGUUAUUAUUUGAUAGAUUCUCUAUCAAUCCACCACCAUUUUGUAAAAUAUUUUAAAACUGGCCGAUUAAAACUGUUUCUUUUCAACCUUUCACCAUACAAGAAAUACGAAAUCGCCUUAUGGAGCUUGACCCAUCAGGGUAUCGGACCAAGAGGAAAGCAGGUUCUCCACACACCUAUUGAUGUUAAUAUCAUCCCACCACAAGAUGUUGGUGCAUUUAACACCAGUCAUACCUCAAUAGAAGUUGAAUGGUCGAUGUAUGAUAAUAUAACACAUUGGAACAGCGAGAAUAUGACAAUCAGAAUAUAUUGGAAAAAAGUUGAUUUUAAUUACAAUAACACACAAAAAAGUUUCUCAUCAUACGAUUAUGCAGAUAUGCACUCAACCUUAAGAAAUUUCAGCGAUUUUAGCUAUGGAGAUGAUGUUAUAACUUCAUAUGAAAUAACAGGUUUAGAAGCUUUUACUAAUUAUAGCAUUUUGGUUGCAACAGUAAACGAUGCUGGAGUUGGUGCUUUCGCUAGUAUGUUCUGUAGAUCUGACCAGUGGUUGCCAGAAGAAGCACCCAACAUUUUGUUGUUAGAGUUAAUAUCUCCUGGCGUUGUAUUUAUUCGAUGGAAUUACACAGAAGACAUUGAAAUUUUUAACUCGUGGGAAAUGUCUGGUUAUAACUUGACAAUUGAACCAUUAUAUCCCAGUUUGUCUCAAUCAGUAGCUUUUACAUCAUUGUUACUAUACAAACAAGAUAUGUUUAAUUCAUCUGUCCUUGAUUAUUUUAACUUGUUUAAAGUAACUAUAUUUGCCUUUAAUGAAAUAGGAAAUGGACCUACAGCCCAAAUUUGUUUUGCUACAGGACAAGAAGUGCCAAAUUAUUACCUAUCUAUUGUCAAGCUGAUCAACAAAACACACAAUUCCAUAAAUAUAAGAUUUGGUCAAGUUCCUCGCGAGAACGAGAACGGUAUAAUAACCCAUUAUGUAAUUAACUACAGACCAACCGAUUGGAAAAGUACUUUUAUUAACGUAAUAAAAAAUCUCACUCAUACCUCAGAUGAGUGGAACUAUUGGAAACAAAUGUCAAACGUUAAUGUGUCAUGUUCUAUGAAGCAACCACCAAACUCCUCGAAAGUAGUCGAUUUAAAUUUUACCGGUCUCUAUCCUUUUACAAAUUACGAAUUCAAUUUUACACCUUGCACCAUGGUAAAUUGCUCUAACAUGCAGCGUACCGUUGUGUUUCGAACAGCGGAGACAUAUCCCUCGUGUGCACCUAACUUCACAAUGUCGAAUACAUCUUCAUCGUCAUCUCUGUUUAUUACAAUCGGUCCACUUGGACAUUUUUGUAUGAAUGGUAUUUUAAGGUUUUAUCAUGUCGUUUUUCUGGAGAGUGAGUUGUAUGGAGAGAGAAUUUAUAAUUUAUUACUAAAUGAUAUUCUAAAAGAAAAUGUGGAAAAUUUGACUGUGAAUACGCAUACCGCAACAGGAUUAAAGAAAUAUUGGAAUUACACUGCUGUUGUGUAUGUUGAGAACAGUAUUGGUAAUGGGCCACACAGUUUUAAAUGGGCUGUGACUGCUCAAGAUGCUCCUGAUGGCCCACCUACGAACAUAUCUGGAUAUGCAAACAGUAGCAGUUCGAUCACCUUAAAUGUCACAUUACCUAAACGAGAACACAGAAAUGGCAUCAUCCGAGGUUACAAAGUUCAUCUUUUGAAUUUGAUUAACUUAACAGCGCAUGAGGUGGUGUUUGACGUUAUUGAUGAACCAGCAUCCAUAUUAGUAGUGGAAAAUUUAAAUUUUUUUACCUCGUAUGAAAUCAAAGUGAGAGCAUUUACAAAAGUAGGUGACGGACCUUACACUUCUGAUGCACCAUUUUUAUUUUCUCUCAUACUAAAAACAUUUGAGGACGUUCCUACUGCUCCACCUUCAAAUGUUAAUGUCACGUCAGUAACUUCGGACAGCGUGACUGUUACAUGGCAAAAAGUGCCGAGUGACUUUCAAAAUGGUAUUUUAAACUCGUUCCAGUUAGAAAUAUCUGGAAUAUUGGCGAAUAAUACGUUACAUACUCUUCGACCACCUAACAUCAGUUUUUUGGAUUACCUGGAUGAUUAUAGAAGUUCGAUUUCUGCUUUGUUUCCAUAUACACAAUAUAAUGUUUCUGUACAAGGAUGCACCACUCCCGGAUGUGGAAUGAAAGGCUGGUUACAGUUUACUACAGAUGAAAUGGCACCCAUUGGAAAAAUACAGUUUCUCCAACAAAUAAAUAUGGACAUAAAAGAGAGCUUGCAUUUCAAUUGGUCUGAUAUUAACCCAAUGAAAAAAAGGGGAGAAAUUACUUUCUUCAUAUCUUACAAUAAACAUGAAAAACCGUGGGAAGAAUAUAAUGAGUUUUCUACAACAUUCACUGUUCCUGGUAAUCAGCUGAGCGCAUCAAUUUACAACUUAAAUAAUUAUACUUCAUAUCGAAUAGCAAUUUAUGGCAUAGGAAGAAAAGGAAUUGGACCUUUGGUGACAAGUGAUAUGCGAACAUCUGAAAAUGUUCCAUUAUAUUCUCCACAAAUUACAUUUGCAAAUAACAUUAGCAGUUCAGGAAUAAAUGUGAAAUUUACGAAACUACCUCAAUCAUCGUGGCAAGGUGAACUAUUAGGUUACCAUGUUUAUUACCAACAUGCAGAUGAACCUACCAAUUGCACCGCUGGACAGAUAUGUAAGAAUAUGGAGUUUAAAGAUUGCAUUGGCGAUGAUAUAAAUACUUGUGAUGUUACAGAACUCGAUCUGUAUACAAACUACAGUGUAUGCAUUGCUGGUUACACUAGUGCUGGAGUAGGACCGAUGAGUAAAUGUGUUUAUGUAAUUACAGAUACAUUUGUUAAUGGUAAUUGGACGGAAUGGAGUGAAUGGGGAAACUGUGAUAGGAGCUGCGCAAAUGGCACUGAGACUAAGUUACGAUUUUGUAUUAACCCAAUACCAGCAAGGGGUGGAGCCAAUUGCUCUGGCUUAGAUGUUGAACAAAGACUAUGUAAUGAUUUUCCUUGUCCAGGUUUCUAUCUUGCAAAACCUUUAACUGAUUGUACAGAAACAUGUGAGAAUCUUGGAAGUAAAUUUGCGUGCUCUGAUAUUAUUGAUACGGAGAAUACAACGCAUGUAUUUGAAACAUCUAUCAGUGGAUAUGAUUAUACUGAUAUACAGGGCGUGACUUGUUCUCCUGAUGAUUCUCAAAAGACAUUUUCGAAAGAAUAUGACCCAUCUUUCUUUUUUAAUAAAAAUAUUUGUUCUGGAUACGCACGGGUUCCUGGUCGAAUUAAAUGUUCCACUGAUGGCAAGUUUAGUGAAGGGAUUCGACGACUCUGUUAUUGCGUCGAUAUAGAAGCAAUGUCUUACACAUCCUGGGCUAUAUGGAGCCCUUGUUCCGUCUCUUGUGGUCGCGGUGUGUUUCGUCGAUUUCGUACAUGCUUGCUAGAAAGUGGUUGCAACAAAACAGUAGAUAUCAAAGACUGCAAUACACAACUGUGUCCAGUUGAUGGUCAGUGGAGUGCGUGGACAGGAUUCGGAAAAUGUUCCAAAUCAUGCGGUCUGGGAAGUAACACUCGAAACAGAUAUUGUAAUUCACCACCUGCAUUAUUUGGAGGAAAGAAAUGUGAGGGAAAAGACUCAGAAUCUAUUGAUGGAUGCAACCCAAAUCCAUGCCCAAGAGAUGGUCACUGGAGUGAGUGGUCGGCUUUACGGCCGUGUAGUCGACCGUGUGGUGCUGGUGGUGUACAAGUAAAACAACGUUAUUGUAACAAUCCAGAGCCAUUGUACGGUGGAGACUCCUGUAAUGGGCCAGACGAAAUUCAAUAUCCAUGUAAUGAAGAUGUGUUGUGCAGAGAAAUUGGAGUAAACUUCUUGAUAAAGAUGACCAACGAGACUUGGCAUUACACUAUUCAUUACGAUAACUCUGUCAAAGGGAGAAAAGUCCGAAGUCAUCUGAUUAACGAGGUGAUGGCUGUUAUGUCAAAUAGUUCUGUUGGUUUAUCUGUAGUUAGUGAUGUUGUAGUGAAUGAAAUGAGUCGUGGUAGUGUCAUUGCAAAUUUUACUGUCUUCUACCGGGUCAACUCGUUCGUCGAAACAUUGAUUUUACAAAAUGCUAUUGAUGAUAUCGGCUUUAUAAACACCACUCCUGUUCAAAUGCUAUCUAUAACAUCGCACAAUGUGCCAUAUAACGCUCCUAAGUUCACAGCGACUUCUACUGUAUUUGACAAGAUUUUUGUCAGUUGGGAAAAUGAUAUUGACUGGGCAAUUCCAGAACAAUUUUCAAUGUAUUACGUUUUUUAUCGCAAUUUGACUGUUCCCAAUGUGAAUUGGACAUCGCUUGGUACUGUGAAUACAACUAUAGAGAUAACUGAUCUGAAAGGUGACACCCUGUAUGGGAUUCGUUUGAUAGCUGGAAUAUCUGAUGCCAAUGGUAUUGCAUCAAUGGAACUAAAGGUUCGGACAGCUGAAGGAGUUCCAAAUAUCGCUCCACCAAAUUUCAUUUAUCAAGAAAUGAGCCCAACCUCAAUAUUUUUGGAUUGGGAUGAGAUACCGAAAAAUAAAGUCCCAGGAACUUUGCUCGGUUAUAAAAUUGUUUAUAAAAGAUUGGAUAGUAAUUUAACUCGUGACACAACAACUGCAGCCAAUAUGUUACAGAGAACAUUAAAUAAUUUAAAACCCGCUUCCUGGUAUCUUUUUACGAUUUAUGGUUACACCGUCGCUGGCAAUGGUCCAGUUUCUUUUAUUACCUUUAAAACGGCUUAUGAUGCACCUGGAGUCCCUCCACCCGAUGUCUCUUGGGAGGAUAGAUUUUCAUCAUAUCGAAUAAAAAUAACUUGGAAUCCCAUACCAGCAGAAGAGGAAAAUGGUUAUGUAGUUGGAUAUAAGAUGGAAUACGUUCUUGUACGUCAAGCAGAUAUAGACGUGACAGUAGGUGAGACGCUAUCAGUAAAAGAAGUGGAUCGCUUCACAUUCUCUGCGUAUAUAGAUGACUUAUCCCCUUACUCGAUGUAUAAAUUCAAAAUCUUUGCGUUUGCUAAAGAAGGAGAUGGCCCAGCCUUUACCUUUACAGCAGAAACAUGCAGAUGCCCUGAAUACAUUUAUUCGAAUUUCCAUAGUUUGCAACCAUACAUUUAUCAUGAUAGAAGUAAAGGCAAGGACAUUCAAGGUUUUUUUCCACAGCUAUUAACAACCAUAUUAAAAGAGGUGUGCACGAAUUGCAAAACAUAUACUGUUCCAAAAAUUUACUUUGAUCGAACGUUAACUGGUCAUUCUGCAGAGAAGCAGAAUGCACAACACAUGAAAGAAGACAUCGGAUCAACUGUGCAGUUAAACAUGCCCGUAUAUGGCAAAUUUGCAGUGAGAAAAUACGCUGGUAUCUAUCCAUACAUAGGUAUUGUAAGAACGCAAGGAAGUGCAGCUAUUAUGUACAAUCAAAAGGUGAGAAGAUAUCAGAUGAAAGACUUGUUAAGAAAUGUAUUUGCAUCAUGGACAAUCGUUGCAAUAAUGGUACUGUUGUCCAUAAAAUUUGGACUGUUACUAUGGUUUACUGAACAAUGUUCUUCAACAAGUAAUUUUACGUUAAGUGACUGUCGAAAAGGAGCUUUACAAGGAAUGUGGAUGGCAUUUGUAACAAUUGGUACUGUAGGAUAUGGAGAUUAUGUACCAACCACGCGUUUGUCCAAAGUUUUGACAAUAUGCUGGACAUUGAUUGGCCUGAUCACGACGAGUAUUUUUAUUGCAUCAAUAUCAACAAACUUAGUGUCAAGUAAUUUACAACAAGAAGUUAAAUUGUAUGGUGUUGAAGUUGCUGUUAUUCCUGGGACUGCAGAGUAUAGUUUAGCUGUUGCACGAAACGCAAAGAUUUACAACGUAAGUCGACCAAUGCAUGUAUUAGAAGCUGUCAACAAAGAUAUAGUUUCGAUUGGUCUGCUCGAUGCAUUAACAGCAACUAGUUACAGUGACUACUUAAAGAAAAUGACUCUUACUGUAAAGAAAAUAUUUGACACAAGCAGUGGGUAUGGAACAGUGUUGUCGGGAGGCUUGGAAAGCCUUGAAGACGAUGUUCGCAGUUAUGUUGACGCAAAUCAGGGGAGCAUUAGUGCGUUCAUUAACAGUCAGACAGAUGUUUUAAAACCCAAUGUAACCAUUCUUAAGACAGAAUUAAUCGCAAAAGCUGAAUUGGUUGACUUCUCAAUUAUGUUGUGUUAUGUUUUCCUUGCUUUUUGCGCGUUUGGAAUUUCUGUAUGGUUGUGUUGUCUUAAAAGAAACAGGGCGAAGAAGAUUCAACCUAUAGUUUCAAGGGAUGUAAUGGUGAAAAAAGAAUUAACACAAGAUAUAAACGACUUUGCGCACAAUUUUAAAAGCCGUGUAAAGAAGAUGGAUGAGAAACAUUUUGGUGAACUGUCUCGUCUGCAAGUCUUACGAACAAACUUCAUGCGACUUAUGAAAAGACAUGGCCAUACAGAAAAAGAAGUGAAUGAUCGAUUUGAAGCAAUACGAAGAAAGCACUUGAAAAAAAUUAGUAAAAGAAAUAGAUUAAAAUAUUUGGAAACAAAUAUUUAAUAGAUUUUGCACGUGUCAGCACUUGUAGCACGGACGGAUGUUUGUUUCCCUGACUUUUUGGUCCUUUUCUUCACUGCUAAUAAAAUUGUAUGACAAUCGGUUUAAUAAAUUGAGAGAUGAUAUGCCUCAUAUCACUUUAUUAAAGUAUAUUAAUAAUAAAAAAUAAUUUUUUAAUUUUUUGUAAUUUUUAUGCAACAAAAAUGAUAUUUGGUUGAAAGUUUUUGUCAAGAAAAUUCAGGACUAAGUUUGCAAUUGAAAUGUUUUUUUAUUAUUCAGUUGUAUGAUUAUUUUAUAAUUUUCACAUUUUAAAUGUUUUCCAAGAAGAAGCAUAAAAUAUAUCACUGUAGCUACAAUACAAUGAAACAUUUUGGUGAACUUUCUCGUCUGCAAGUCUUACGAACAAACUUCAUGCGACUUAUGACAAGACAUGGUCAUACUAAAAAUAAAGUGAAUGAUCGGUUUGAAGCAAUACGAACGAAGAGCGUCAAGAAAAUUAGAAAACAUCGCAAAAGAUUGAAAUAUUUAGAAACAAGUAUUUAAUUACGCACGCCAAUAAAUGUAAAAAAAUAUACAUUGUUAGACUACAAUGUCUGUAUGAUUAUGACAAUGUUAAAACGACUGUUGGUCUGCUGAUAAUGCACGUUUUAUAUAUUUAAUUCUUUGUUUAUUUUUAUCUCUUUGACUUAAAUUGGUGAACAUGCACAUUUAUACAUGAAGAAAAAAAUUACUGAGAUUU